AUGGCGUUCAGGCGGACCGAGGGCGUGUCCAUGAUACAGGCUCUGGCCAUGACGGUGGCUGAGAUCCCUGUGUUCCUUUACACGACCUUCGGGCAGUCUGCCUUCUCCCAGCUGCGGUUGACACCAGGCCUGCGGAAGGUCCUCUUUGCCACGGCCCUGGGGACUGUGGCUUUGGCCCUGGCCGCCCACCAGCUGAAGAGGCGACGGCGGAAGAAGAAGCAGGUCGGCCCUGAGAUGGGAGGCGAGCAUCUGGGCACGGGGACCCUCCCCAUCCUCAUGGCCAGGAAGGUCCCAUCGAUGAAGAAAGGCUACUCCAGCCGGAGGGUCCAGAGCCCCAGUAGCAAGAGCAACGACACCCUGAGCGGCAUCUCCUCCAUCGAGCCCAGCAAGCAUUCAGGCUCCUCCCACAGCCUGGCCUCGAUGGUGGUGGUGAACUCAUCCAGCCCCACGGCUGCGUGCUCGGGACCAUGGGAGACCAGAGGGAUAGAGGAGUCCGUGACCACUGUGGACGGCAACGCUGAGAGCCUCUACAUGCAAGGCAUGGAGCUGUUCGAGGAGGCCCUGCAGAAAUGGGAGCAGGCGCUGAGUGUGGGGCAGAGGGGGGACGGCAGCAGCACCCCCACCCCAGGGGACGGCCUCCGGAACCCUGAGACGGCUUCAGAGGCGCUGUCCGAGCCGGAGUCCCAGCGGAAGGAGUUCGCGGAGAAGCUGGAGUCGCUGCUGCAUCGGGCCUACCGCCUGCAGGAGGAGUUCGGGUCCACCUUCCCAGCUGACAGCAUGCUGCUGGACCUGGAGCGGACCCUCAUGCUGCCCCUGACGGAGGGCUCGCUGCGUCUGCGGGCAGAUGAUGAGGACAGCCUGACCUCGGAAGAUUCCUUCUUCUCCGCCACCGAGCUCUUUGAGUCCCUGCAGGUCGGAGAUUACCCGAUCCCACUCUCCAGGCCCGCCGCUGCCUACGAGGAGGCCCUGCAGCUGGUAAAGGAGGGCAAAGUGCCCUGCCGGACCCUCAGGACAGAACUGCUGGGCUGCUGCAGUGACCAGGACUUCCUGGCCAAGCUGCAUUGUGUGCGGCAGGCCUUCGAGGGCCUGCUGGGAGACAGGAGUCACCAGCUUUUCUUCGGGGAGGUCGGCCGGCAGAUGGUGACAGGCCUGAUGACCAAGGCUGAGAAGAGUCCCAAAGGCUUCCUGGAGAGCUAUGAGGAGAUGCUGAGCUAUGCCCUACGGCCGGAGACCUGGGCCACCACGCGGCUGGAGCUGGAGGGCCGAGGGGUGGUGUGCAUGAGCUUCUUCGACAUUGUGCUGGACUUUAUCCUCAUGGAUGCCUUCGAGGACCUGGAGAACCCCCCGUCCUCGGUGCUCGCCGUCCUGAGGAACCGCUGGCUGUCAGACAGCUUUAAGGAGACGGCCCUGGCCACUGCCUGCUGGUCGGUCCUGAAAGCCAAGAGGAGGCUGCUGAUGGUGCCUGAUGGCUUCAUCUCCCAUUUCUACUCCGUAUCGGAGCACGUUAGCCCUGUCCUAGCCUUCGGCUUCCUUGGACCCAAGCCUCAGCUCUCUGAAGUCUGUGCUUUCUUUAAGCACCAGAUCGUGCAGUACCUGACCGAUAUGUUCGACCUGGACAACGUGCGCUACACGUCUGUGCCGGCGCUGGCCGAGGACAUCCUCCAGCUGUCUCGGCGCCGUAGCGAGAUCCUGCUCGGCUAUCUGGGGGCGCCGGCGGCCGGCAGUAUUGGCCUCAAUGGCGUGCUGCCCCCGGAGAACAGGCCCCCAGAGGCGCUGCAGUAG